CGUGAUUUCCAUUCAUCACACAUCAUUAGUGACGAGUUCUUCGAAUGCCAUGUCGCAUUGGUUUCCGAAGUGUGAGCAGAAACCCUCUCCUCUUCUACGCCUCCCGGAAAUGUGCUCAACCAUGUGGUUUGAGCGCGGUUCGCUUGAAUGCGCCUCGAACUCAUUGGCGACUCCAGUCGUCCUCGGCCGCAGUCCCUGACCUUGAAGAAUGGCCCGCAAGAGCAAGCCAACACACAGUCUCUGACACAAUAUAUGCACUAUCGACUGCUCCAGGUCGAGCUGCGAUAGCAGUUAUCCGUAUCUCGGGCCCAGCAUGUCUUCCCAUUUACCAACGGCUCUGCCCAGACCGUGGACCGCCAAAACCUCGCGCCGCGACGCUGCGAAGGCUGUACGAUCCCAACAACCCACAAUCCUCAGAUCCCCGAGUCCUUGAUACUGGCGCACUAGUGUUAUACUUCCCCGCUCCCAACACGGUGACUGGUGAGGAUGUGCUCGAGCUGCACGUCCACGGCGGCCCCGCCAUUGUUCGCUCGGUUUUGGACGCCGUAUCAAGAUGCGGGCACUCGAUGCAUGAAAGAGGAGGAGCAGUGAGACAAGCCGAACCUGGCGAGUUCACAAAGUGGGCAUUCUACAAUGGGAGAUUGGACCUUACACAAGCCGAAGCGUUGGGUGAUACCCUCGCUGCUGAGACAGAACAACAACGCCGCUUGGCUGUCAGCGGUGCAGACGGCGGACUUGCAAAAAGAUACGAAGAAUGGCGUACCAUGUUGCUAUACGCUCGAGGGGAGCUAGAGGCGCUGAUCGACUUCUCCGAAGAUCAGCAUUUUGAUGAAUCGCCUAUGGAGUUUGUGGCCUCGAUCUCGCAACAAGUGCGCGCACUGAGGAGACAAAUUGAGCUACACAUUCAAAAUGCCUCCAAGGGGGAGCUGCUGCGUAAUGGCAUCAGCAUAGCUUUACUGGGUGCGCCCAAUGCGGGGAAGAGCUCCUUGUUGAACCAGAUUGUCGGACGAGAGGCUGCAAUCGUCAGUGCCGAAGAAGGGACCACUCGAGACAUUGUCGACGUCUCGAUUGAUCUUGAUGGCUGGCUAUGCAGACUAGGUGACAUGGCCGGUCUCCGCGCCAUUGGGGCCGUCGGAGAGGAGCAGCAACCUGUCGGCUUGGUGGAACAAGAAGGCAUACGUCGAGCAAGAGAGCGGGCCCUGCAAUCCGACGUUGUUUUGGUACUGUUGUCCGUGGAAAUGGAUAGAGAUGGGAACCCGCAUGUCCCUGUCAACGGGCAAGUUCUUGAGGCAGUGCAAGAAUGCGAUGCCGCCGGCAAAACUAUUCUCGUCGUGCUAAAUAAGAUUGACCUGCUGGACAUGGAUGAUGGACCAAAACAAAGAGGCAUGAGAGCCUUGCAGACACAAAUCCGUCAGACAUUUCCAACAGUCCCCGAGCGACGGAUAUGCAUGGUGUCCUGCAAAGGUGCUGCUCACAGCCUGGUCGGCUCUGACCCUGGAGGCAUUCAAGCAUUCCUCAGACAACUGACCAGCUCAUUCACGGAAUUAACGACAGCAUCUACCAGCGAAAAUAUCGCGGAUACGCAAUUGACUGCCGCGGAACUACAGUCCUACUGGACCACGUCCCUCUCGGUCACGCAUCGGCAGACCACGUACCUGUCGCAGUGCUUACAUCAUCUCGAGGACUUCCUUGCCCAGAGCCAGUCGCAGACUCAGUCUCACCUGCAUACGGAAACAACGGAAAUCUCCGAUUCGUGCAAUUCGGCCACUGAUUAUCACGCUGAUCGCCACGAUGACCCUGUCGCUCCAAAUAUAGCACACGUCAACAGAGAUGGAGAUGCAGACGGUGCAGUCGAUAUUGUGGCUGCGGCGGAACAUCUCCGUUUCGCCGCCGACUGCCUGGCCAAGAUUACGGGUAAGGGAGGAUCCGGCGAUGUGGAGGACAUCCUGGGUGUCGUUUUCGAAAAGUUCUGCGUUGGAAAGUGAAAUUGCCGAGAGAGAAAAAAGAUGCUCGUCAAGAGCUGGGACAAUGUCGAAAGAGUGGAUGGUGAUCGAGGCCGGGAUCACGCAAGUCAUAUGUCACACGUCGAAUAAAUGGGCUGGGGCGAUGGAAAACGGCUCCGUCGAUGGGGUGUUGUCGUGUCAGUGAAGAAAGACGCAUGGGGAACGAUUCAGUUGUAUCCGCCACGACCUUGGGCAGCCUGCUGCCGGUUGUAUCCACCGCGACCUUGGACGACGGGGGUUCUGUUGUACCCACCACGGCCCUGUCUGUUGUAACCACCGCGGCCCUUCUGGGGAGCAGCUGGGGUGUUGUAUCCGCCUCGUCCCAUGGCCAUUGUGAGUGCGAGGGUGGUUGGGAUGAAAAACACGAGGAAAUAAAUGGUCGCUGUGUGUUUUGGGCUUGAAGAAGUGAUUGGUCGGCGCUGGGCUCUGCGAAAAUGGAUGGGUGUCGCAGACAAGUUGGGGAAUCGAAGAGACAGAGACAAAAGAAAAUAAGGAAAUAGAUGGGAUGGGAUUGGGCUUUGGGCGGCUGCUUUUGUCGUUGGGAGUUGAGGUUGUUGGUGUGCUGCAGAAGAUAGGAAAGAAAACAGAAAUAAGGAAAGUACGGUCUGUACCUCAAAUCUGGGGUUGGCUGUGUGCUGAACUGGAAACUCUGGCAAUGCGCGAACAAAGGAAAGAGAUUAAGAAAUAAUGAGAUGAUUUGCUUUUGAAGGAGUGUGUUGAUGUGAUGGGGAGUGAACAUUCAAAAUCUUUGGGAGAUGAGGAAACAGAUGAUAUAUAUCUCUGUAAACGUGGUAUGGGGAGGUGGUAUAGUAAGAAGGCGUGCGACCCACGCAGAUGGGCCCGACGAGGAAACGGGUUAGAGAGUUCGAUCGGUGACCCUAGACGGAUCCGGGUUCCUGAC